CAGAUACGGGAUUGUAAACCAGUAAACCACGCGCCAUCGGGAGCUUCAUUUUCUUAAACAUUGCCCACAAGCCCUUAUUCUCUCGUCCACUCGAUCCUAUCUCUUAUCCUUACGCGCAGCAUCCACAAGCUUCAUCCCACCCUACCCACCAACAAACUCAUCUGGAUAACAUACCCACCAAACAUUUAUCCCCUUUUAUAUCUAUUUUCACUCGACUCCUCGCACGAUCAAAGUCUCCCUCGCGGGUUUACCAUUUUUUCUUCCUACUUCGCUCGCAACGUGUUUACCGUUUGAUUUCGUGACGGCCAUUGACCGUUCACUCCGGGUCGCCCUUGGACAAACGAAUUUCGAAUAUUCAUAGAGCCACGCGCCUCGACCUCCGCGUUCCUUCGUUCCUGGUCCUUCCGUCAAUCACCGAGAAGACCCUCGUGUAUAACCUACAAAGUCAAGAAGACAAGCCAUCGUGCCCGGAUCGAUACACGUGACAAUAGAAACUACGCCAAAGGAAGAGUAAACGGGAUUGAUUGGUUUCUAGUUCGAAAGCAUCAAGACAGUCGCGGGACUGGAGGAACGUUCGAUAUCUAAGCUCGUGUCUCCCACCUCCCACUUCUACCCUGUUUUCUCUCGUCCACCGACACCACCCAUCCCAUACAGAUACACCUAACCACCUUCCACUCCGACUGCUUCGCCUUCGUUCCAUAACCUCAGGCUUCUGCGUCGUUUUCAAACUCAUCUCGUCGCAUUUGGAAUUUCGUCGUUCCCGAAGGGCAGGCGUCGAUACGAUAAUCUUAGCCUGACCCAAUUUCCUCGUCGAGAUAUACACCCGCGCCAUUGAUAACGUAUUAUCGAAGUCGAUCAAAUCUAUGGCUUUCGAUGUCAGAUGCUCCAACCAAAUUCACCGGUCCCUCUACGAUUUAUGAUAUCCGCCAUCUUUCUAACCUCUUACCAACAAACUCGUCCCGUUCUCCCUCGCUUAUUCGCUACGACCUUCUGCCCAUAUGUCGUCUGCGUGUAAACCUCAUUCAAUCCGGUCGUUCUACCACGUCGAGGACAAAAGUGUGUCCCCGCUAGCAUUCCUGCUCUAAUCACGGCAUCGGGAACACCUGAAUCCAAUAUCCGCGCUCUGCGCGCUUCUCGCUGCGCCAGAACGUCGAGUCAGGUCAAACGAGCCACCGUCGAUCACUCGCACCGCGUCCUCGUAUAAAAAAAAAAAAAAAAAAACUUUUCCAACAUAAUCAAUAAGGAGAGUCACUCCUCUUCGGAAAUGUCGUUCGUCGACCCGCAUUCUACCCGCGGAACGAAAGAUGUCGAGUGGUAUCGGUGCAACUGCAAUGGGCAUCGGCGUUAGUCACGGGGCAGGGAGCGGAGAGGGUGGCUCGGGGGGUUGUCGCCUCAGAGCCCAGAGCCAAGGUCAAUCCUCAAGCUCCGCUCCGCAGCACAGCAAUCCCCAACAAUCGUCCCAGCAGCAGCAACAACAGCAGCAGCAACAACAACAACAACAACAGCAGCAACAACAACAACAGCAGCAGCAACGACAGGGACUUAGCUUCAUGGGACGCUCGAAGAAGGACAACUGCUGUCUAUGCUGGUGCUGCUGCUGCAGUUGCUUGUGGAAUAAAUGCUUGGCGGCAGUUGGUGGCGACAGUUCAGGGGGAACCGGCGGCUCGGGCGACCAGGGAAAGAAAAAGGGCGGUGGCGGCGUCGGUAGCGGCGGCGAACUCGGGAGCGGUGGUGGAGUCGCGGGUGAGCUGGCAGGUGCAGGUGCAGGAAACGGACUCGACGGGCUCGACGGCCUGGAAGGAGGUACCGAGUGUUGCAGCUUGGACGAGGUCAGGGCCUGGGGUUCAUCUUUCGACAAGCUGAUGAGGAGCGCCGCGGGGAGGAAACUCUUCCGCGAGUUCCUCGUCAGCGAGUACAGCGAGGAGAACAUCGCGUUCUGGUUGGCCUGCGAGCAGCUCAAGAGGGAGAGCAACCCCGAGCGCAUCGAGGAGAAGGCUCGCUAUAUCUACGAGGAUUACAUAUCUAUACUCUCGCCCAAGGAAGUGAGUCUGGAUUCCCGCGUCAGGGAGAUUGUCAACAGGAACAUGGUAGAGCCAACGCCGCACACCUUCGACGAGGCGCAGCUGCAGAUCUACACCCUGAUGCACCGGGACUCUUAUCCGCGUUUCGUGAACAGUGACAUCUACCGGAGGGUGGCGAGACUCGGUAGCGGACCACCGAGUCCCUCUAGUACCGACCAAGAGCAAACGACCACCGGAAAGUCAAAGUCCAAGGAUCGGGCGAAGGCGGCGGCCACGUAAUCGCCGAUCGACAGCUCGUCAUUGUUUAUCGUGAGAUCGUGACAAAACCCUUAACCCACCCUAAAACCCAUAAAGCACACGUCGCUGAUCGACGAGUCGGACUGGGUUCUUGAUUCCCAUGGACCUCAAGCGCGAGGAUGACAUCCGAGUCCGUAGGAGGACGAGGGGAGUGGCUCCGUUAUAAAGGGGGAAUUACCAUCCCCGAGGAGUCCGUGGUGCCUGCGUCGUCCCUGUGCUCGAUCCUCUAUAGUCGGAUCGCGGUAACUGCACGUCAGUGGAACUGCCGUGCGCAAUCGGCGUGAACGGAGUAUGCUCGGAGGAGUAACGUACAGUCGUCGUAGAAAAUAUAAUGCUCUUCCAUGCUAAGCGGGGCCACUUUAAACUGCACUAUACGACACUGAACAAACUCCGCUCACCACAUGCAUACUUACGAAUUCUUAUCUAAUCGGAUUGUACAGAUAGAGAGUGAGAGAGAGGGAGAGAGAGAGAGAGAGAGAGAGAGAGAGAGAGAGAGAGAGCGACUAAUGGAUGAAAAGAAAAAACUUUAAAAAAAAUAAUAAUAACAAUGCACAAGAAUAACACAAUGAAAAGCACAAGAGAGACUGCAUGCCGACCAAAUGGCACAAAGGGCUAGAUAUUAAAAAAUAAGCACCUCAAAGCAAGUACGUAAAUCCGUGAAUUUUUACUCUAUGAUAUGGAGAGGUCGUAUUUCCAUCCACCUUUAGACGCGAGGGAAAAAAUUCAAAAAAAAAAAAAAUUCAAAAAAAUAGAGUUCGUUCGCUCGUUAUAUUCUCGACUGUCCAGCUCGGUCGGUUAACCGUAUCCGAGCAUCGGACGACCCUCUGUCCUGUCCUCUACUGGAAUUGACCCAUUGCCGAUCACUGGAGUGUGCACGCGGCCCAGUAUGCACGGUUGCGCAUCGUCAGGCGUUUUAUCGUAGCUAUAGGACUUCGGUUCUUUGACCACAGAGCAAACGAGAGAACCGAUUUUGUAAACCACGCGAGAGUGUUCGGAGAGACUGGAAGAGCGAUCCGAAAAUCGCUCUCGUGUUUUUACAGUGUCUUACGGGGUAUUCGGAAGAUCGGUCGAACAAAGUGAUGUACUCGAUAUAGGAAAAAAAAAAAAGAAGAAACAAUGAAGAUGCCACGUUCUUAGAAGUAUAUAAAGAUCCUACGGGAAGCCGUCACGGGACACAGAGAACGCCAAUAUCCAGGAGUUUUUUCUCGUAAAGUACGUCGUAUCGACCUCAGUGACCCGACUGGCCAUUCAAAUCUCUCGCACUUUUCUACUCUCCUCAUUAUUCAUCCAACAUUAUUCUAGUCACUCUUGACGUAAAAAACUUCGUCAUAAAUGAUCUUAUGAUACGACGUACCGAUACCAAUGGAACGUAACAUGGGAUACCGAGCCCUUGCUGGGAGAUCCACCAAUUAGACAGUCAGGAUCGUCCAUGCUAAAGAUCAGAAUACGGAUGCAUCUGCCCGACAGUGAGUCUGUGUAAGAGAGAGAGAGAGAGAGAGAGAGAUUAGUAACGCGCAGUAAGAAUGUAUAACGAUUGUAUGAAUGCGAUUAAAAGGAAAAAAAAGAUUGACAAAACACUUGCACUUGGAACAUUAACACACGGGGAUCACGCGUGGUCUGUGCAAAGGCCUAAAACUACUUAAGAAUGAGAACGAAGCUACAAAAUUCAUUUGUUUCAUAGGAUCGCGAGCAUGCGAAGGGCUCUUAGACGAUAACAGGAUCAAUGAAAGAUAACGAUAACGAGUAUCGUGAACGAGAAAGUAUAUACGAGAGAGAAAUUUCUAGAGCUUGGUAAUUACGCGAUCGUGAAAAAAAUGAAAAAAAAAAAAAACAAAAAACUCACAUAAACACAAAUCGCACGACGUGCACAGUCAGUCACAGCGUUUGACUACUGCCCUGUAGAUAUAAAUAGGUAUAUAUGCCAUAAAUAUAUAUACAUAUAUAUGUACCGUUCAGCAUAGGUGCAGGGUGCAAAUAACCAAGAGCCGAACUUGGCGAGAAUCUUUUUCUUUGUCUAUACGAUUAUAAUGGUAAAUACGACCCUACGUAUUAUCACGCAUGGCUCAUGCAGGACGAUCUUGUAUGGUAUGAUCGGUAGCUGCAUGUUGAGAGAGAGAGAGAGAGAGUGGGGGGGGGAGAACUAAAGAGAAUAAAAAAUAGAGAAAAAGUAAAGGAGGAAAAAAGUGGGAGAGAGGGAGAGGGUGCGAGUUAAGGAGACCAAGAAGGAGAAGAAAGAUAUGAAAUAUAUAUAUAUAUAUAUAUAUACAUAUAUAUAAUAGAGGGAGAUACGAGAGAGAUAGAGAGAGAAAAAUGGAAAAGACGCGAAAUGCAAGGCCACGCGAGAAACGAGACGCGCCAAACUGAUUGCGAAUGGCAAUAGCGGCGCCCUCGGAAUGCAGUCGAGGUUAACCUCGAAAAUCGUUGGUAACGUAUUAGCCUACUUCUUCAUUAAUAAACGCACAAUUUUCUCAAUCUUCAUAACUCCGGACUCUUUCUUAAAAACCCUCAUUGAAUGUACUCGUCUCGAUCUCACUUUCAGAAUUGUACAGAAUCUUUGCAUCUAUCCUGUCGCGUACGGCCCCCACACACGUUCAAGGUAAGUCUCGAGAUCCUAGUGGCGGUCUUCGCCGCCAAUUUGCGACACGGGACUUUUCCUCGACGCGAUUACUUCCGGGCGAUUAACUAUAGGAUAUUUUUAGGAAAUUUUUUUUUUCUUUUUUUUUUGAAAAAUUCAUAAAUUCCUCACUCUUUUAUUUUAUUGCUACCGUCACGAAAUAUUAUAUAUAUAAAUAUAUAUAUAUAUAUUCAGUCAUUCGCACCCUGCAUACCCCCUCGCAGAAUUUAAAAAAAAAAUAUUUUUCUCUGAUUCAUCUUUUUGAAAAAUCUAUUAUAAUUUGAAAUUGACCAACGUAACGCGAGAAAUCUUAAUUGAGCUCUUUUUGACCAACGCUGCUUAUAUAUAUACAUAUAUCAGAGCGUGAACUGUUCGUAUAUACUGUGUGAUAAAUUUAUAACGUAUUAAUAUUUGCAUACGUAACAAUUGACAGUUACCGAUUUUCCAAUAGACGUAAGAUUUAUACACGGGUAUAAAUACUUGUCACGAUUUUCUAUAUAUAUACGUGCGCGUUACGCGCAUCGCCAAUACCGAUUUCACAGUGUUUAUUGUAACGAUCGAGCAUUGCCUUCUGGCGAAUUUACAAAGUUACAAGCGACCGAUCUCCUUCGUUCGUUUUUUUCCCAGCGACGUCCAUUCCCAUUGGCUCCACAUUUUACACACUCACACACGAUACACUCGUACCGUCAAAACAGUCUGUAUGUAAGAAUAUGAAUGUAUGAGCGUGCGAGAGAGAGAGAGAGAGAGAGAGAGAGAGAGAGAAGGCAGAAGCGACAGAAGCAAAAAAAAAUGGAAAGUGAAAAAAAAAGUGCACAUUGAGAUUGAAGCACGUGCACAAGUGACGGCGCCUAAUCGGUCAGUCAGUAAGUCAGUAAUUCGAUCGCACAGUCAAAACUAUGCAUCAAAUUAUAUAUACCCCGUAUCAGUGAUAUGCAUAGGUGGUAUACGGGUAUGUGGGCCAUUAAAAGCGCCUACACUUUUUUCCAGUGAGAAUAGAAUUAAAGUAAGAAAGAAAGAAAGAAGUAAAGAAAAAAAAAAAAGCGAGAAAAAAGCCAACAACAAAAAAAACUAGUCGUUGUAUAUCGGAAUGCAAUUUUCUCCGAAUAAAAAUAUGAAGUUACGUAGCUUUCGAACGAGCUUUCAUUCGUCGAUGAUGCGCAUUCGAUAAAUCGAUUAAUUAGAACAAGAUACAGCGAGACUUCCCCGGUGUCUUCAUACGAUAAUCGUACCAAGCACUUAUGACGAUUAGCAUUGUAGCUAGUAGCAUUAUAGAAAGAAAAAAGUAUAUACAGGAUUACUUCGUACCCAGUGAUACCAAUCGAAGUUAACUCAUCGAUAUGAUUUGUGACGUAGAGCCAACUUCGGUCGGUAGUAUAAUUUUUGAAAGAGACUGUAUAUGAUUUUUUUUUUUUUUUUUCCAUCGAAACAAAACACAGCUCGCUGCUCCUUAUGGAAAUCCCAAUGGCGAACAGAGAUGUCGAAUCGCACGAUUCUUCGGUAACAUAUUAACGUAUAACGUAUUACGUGUUACGUAUGCGCCGCGAGAGGCUCGGCGACCGUUCGCGUUUAAUUGGAUUCGAUUAACCGUAAAUAAGGCGACGUUCGUCCGGGUCGUAUUAGCAUAUUUCGUGAAUAACGAAAUUUACGAAACGGAACAGGACGCCGAGCGUCGGCAUACGUAUUUGUUAGGGUUAAAGCCUUGGGAUUUGUCUAUUCGUGAAUGGAUUGCCAUUGGUAUGAUGUGAACGUAGCUGCGUCGUAUAUGAGAAAAGUAUAUUAACGUGCGUGAAAAUUAUAUAAGAACGACGAAUAGGAUACGUACAUGGAAAUGCGUACGAAGCGUCACUUCUUACUGUCGAUUAACGCGAUGAUCAUUCGACGAGUCUGUCCUAUUGACAGUCUGAAACUUGACAGGGAGAAGGCGAGAACGCUCGUAGGAAUUGAAAAUAUGUCGCAUUAGCGAAAUCCCUAAGUCGCUGCGAUCCUUAUUUCUUGGAUAGGAUUUAACGAACGAUAAGCGAUCGCGUGGAUAUUCAUUAAAGCGAUACAGUCGACUCGGUAAGAGUUCAUAAUUGACUUUUACGAGUUACCUGGUAUAUAUAUAUAUAUAUAUAAUAAAUAAGACCGUCAGUUCGGCCAUCGAUUCCAGUGAUAAUAAGGAAGAAUCGCCUUUAAUUAUAAGCCGUGAUCGAUUGUCGUAACGUGGCGAUAAGUCGCCGAUGAUUUUUUUGAAAAUUCGCGCGACAAGAGUCGACGGGAUCGGCGCCGUCCACGUCCAGGUCCGCUCCGAUCUGGUCGAAUCACGAUAUAGGGUAUAUAUAUAAAUAACGAUAAAUAUAUACCUUAAAUGAAUACUAGUAAUAAUUAAUCUAAACGAUAAACCUAUUACGAGACGCAUUUAAUAAGAGGAACGUCAUAAUUAUUCCAUUGUCUAUUCAUUUAACGUUCUUUUCUUCAGUUCUCUUUGCUCCCUCUAUCUUCGUCUAUUUUUCACUCUCUUACUUGUCUAUGUCACUCGCUUCUUUUAUUAUACACCGACAAAGUCUUCACUCGACGUCGAAUCAUACGGCGGCCAUGUUUGUUAUUAUUUUCUUUUCGUGUCAAAUCUAUACAUACUUGUAUCCGUAAUUAUAAUGUAACCAUGAAAUCCAUACCGACUAGUAAUAUACUUAAGAUUAAUAACGAUGCGAUGUACUUACCAGUAAACUAAGAAUACGAGCAUAUUGCUCGU